AUGAGAAUCCCAUCCGGUUGUUCAAAGCUUGAUCGAUCCGAGAUUAUUGACCGGGUCAAAGGAUUGAUAUUUGGUGCUGUGCUAGGCGACAGUCUCGGCAUCGCAACCCAAGGAAUGACUCGAGCGCAAGUGAAGCAAGCUUAUGGUAAUGGGCCUGUUCGAUUUGGACUUGGUAUGGAAGAAGAGGACUGUAUGGAUGAGGGAGUACCCUUUGUACGUGACGCCUACCGCAUGUUGUUUGAUGACAAUGACUUUAGCGGGGACAUUGAGCAACAAUUGCUGGUGAUCAAGACACUCGUUGAAAACGAAGGCCAAUUCAACUUUAAGACCUUUUGCGCAAGACUUGAACAACACCUUUCCAAGGAUGCCAGGCAACGUACAGCGGAUCAAGAACGUGGUGGCUACAAUGGAGCUCUUGUCCGAUCGGUAGUCUUGGGAAUUCCAAAGUUCUGGGAUGGCACCACCGUCAUUGAAAACGCUGCUGAGAGUUGCCGUGCAUGCGUUGCUCGGCCCGAUCCGCGAUGCAUGAUCUCGUGUGUCAUUCUUUCUACGCUGGUAGCACGGAUCUUGCGUGCUCAAGACUUGGAAAUCAAGCAGCGUGCUAUGAUAGAAACACCGUUGCCAUCACCUUCGUUGCAUCCACCACCCCAACAACAACAACAACAUGAUCGUGCAGCUGGUCUUGCCAAAUCAACUUCGCCUCAUUACAUUGAUACAUUGGCAGCUGAUGAACACAUCUUAUCGCUCGUUCAUUCCGUAAUCGAUCUCAACAAACAUUUGCUCAUUGAACGCACAACCGAUCGUCUCUUCCGCACAUUCGAAACCGAUCAAGAUUUGGCACAAGCUUAUUACAAGCAAUUGCUCGACUAUUGUUAUCAUCCGCCAUCCGAUAUCGAUUCUCUUGACCUUGACAAUGAUCAACAUCGCACAUUCAAGUCACUUGGCGUGAGCGUAUACGCAUUCACUCGACAAAUCCAACCUGGCACUGAGACCGAAUGUUUCAAAAAGAUGUUGAUGGACAUUGUCAUGCAGGGUGGCGAUGCAGGAACCAAUGCUGCUGUUUCGGGUGCUUUACUUGGAGUACGUGUUGGAUACAGUGGGCUUCCUAGCGAAUGGGUCAUUGGCCUCAAACGUUGGGAAUGGCUCGAGGAUCGCGUUGAAGAAUUCUGCCAUCUCCUUUAA